AGAGAGAGGAAAAGGGGGGAAGAAGGGGUAUAGGUAGGGAUAGAAAAAAGGGGAGAAUACGCUUAUAGAAGGGAUAUAUUGAUAGGGGGAGUGAAUUAGAGGGUUAGAGGAGAACUAGAAAUACAUAGAAAGGGAUAGAUAGGUAGAUCAAGAGCUGGUAAGAAAAAAACAAGGAUAUAUUGAAGGAGAAAAUAGUUGAAUAGAAAGAAAUAGAUAAGGGGGAUAGAGAUAGUGGGUAGAGUGAGGGAGAGCAAUAAAUAUAUACAGAGAGUGGAUAGAGAGAGAAAGUGAAAGAGCAGGAGAUAGAGACUAAGACUGAAGAAGAAAGCGAGAGUUGGACUGCUAGGACGGGGAGCAAAAGAGACUGGUAUAAACUGAUAGAUGAGAAAGAGGACAGGUCAGAGCAGGAUAGGGGGAACCAGGAAGGAGGAGAUAGAGCAGGGCUCAGUGUGUAUGUGUGUGUGAGACAGAAAUUUGGACAGGCUGGGAAAAGACAAGUAAAUUUGGACAGUGAGUGGGAGAGAUAAACAUAAAUAGAGACAGAUAGGGAUAUAGGAGACGCCAAAAUAAAGUGGGAUAGAAAGAACAACUGGUAAAACAAGAGAGACGGAUCAGAGAAGUAGAUAAACAAGAAGAAACUAGGCAGAUCUGAGCAGCAGAAAUGAUUCCCCCAAUAGACUCUCUGCUGAAAUAUGAUCAUCCACUGCUCAUCAGUAGGAACACGGAGAAAAAAUCAGCUAAGGCUCGUGCCUUGAAGGCGAGUCCCCAGCAACCCAUUUCCACAUCACCAAUUCCAAGUCCUCCAAAGCCCAAACCACUUUCAAUUGAUGCCACCAAGCAGACUGAAGAAAUUUUAAAUGCAAUUUUGCCUCCCAGGGAAUGGAUGGAGAACUCACAGAUGUGGAUUCAGCAGGUAUCUAGCACUCCCUGCACUCGGAUUGAUGUGGUCCAUCUGCAGGAACAACUGGAUACGAAGCUGCAGCAGCGGCAAGCUCGAGAGACGGGAAUAUGUCCAGUCCGCAGAGAGCUCUACUCACAGUGUUUUGAUGAACUGAUCAGACAAGUCACCAUUAACUGUGCCGAGCGUGGGUUACUGCUGCUGCGGGUCCGUGAUGAGAUCCGCAUGACCAUCUCUGCCUAUCAGACACUGUAUGAAAGCAGUGUCGCUUUCGGGAUGAGGAAAGCUUUGCAAGCAGAAGAGGGCAAAACUGACAUGGAGAAAAAAAUUUCAUAUGUAUCCCUUGCUAGAUUAUUGAUCUGGAAGCAGAAAAGAAAGAUCUGGAGAGACAGCUCAAUGAACAGAAAGCAAAGUGUGAAGCAAUCGAGAAAAGGGAGAAUGAAAGGCGGCAAGUGGAGGAGAAGAAGCAUGCAGAGGAAAUUCAGUUUCUCAAACGAACCAAUCAGCAAUUGAAGGCACAACUGGAAGGCAUAAUUUCCCCAAGGAAGUGAAGUCAUCAUGUUUUUCUCCAGAAAUAAUCUUUUGAAUAUCCUAUUCAUAAGCAGUGUUCAACUUCCAUACGGGCAAAAGUGUUGUCUGUGAAAAAGAAUCUCAAUGAUCUGAAGGCUAUUUGUAGGAACUGGGCCAAGUUACACUGCACUGUUUCAUGUGGCUACCUAUAUAAUUUAUUUCAACAUCAAUUAUGAUUCCUGUUAAUCUCAUUCAGCUCACAGGUCCAUAGACAGCCUUUGUUCAUUUUCCUGGCAGUUUAAAUUUUGCAUCUUCACUAUAAUACAAGAAAUACUAUAAUAUUCCAUUAAUAAAUGUUGUACAAUGGUGGGAAUAUAAUUUCCAACACCAAUGAUUCCACAAUUAGUUUUAAGUAAAACAUCCCCAUUCAAAAGUAUCUUCUUUAAAAUUAUUAUUAGCUAGUCUUCAAGACUGUCCAAUUGUCAGUCUCAGUAAACCUUUAAAAUCAGCAAACAUAAUCAGCUCAAUUAAAAACGCUCAGAAAGACAUAAAGAUGUACAGUUUGUUUUGAAAAGGUGAGGGUAUUGAUUUCAUUUCAUCAAAAUUUAUAUGAUCCUUCAGACUACUGUCUUAAGAUUUCAAAUAUCUAAAAUUCUCUUUUGGAAAGUUAUCUGCUAGUUGAGACACCACACAGCUCUAUCAACUGAUUUCACCUAGGCAAUAUGUAUGAAAUAAAGGUUAACAGAAAAAAUCCCAAUAAACACAAAUAUCAACUACUGAUAAGGAUUAGAAUCUUUUUGGCAUUUAUGAGAGAGACAAAAGUUACAAACCAUUGAUUCCUUAUUACAACUUUAGGCAUUGAGAUUCUGAUCUAUAUCCUUUCUUUUCCUUUAAUCAUAUUACACUAUUUUCAUAAAAAUUUGUA